UUAUUCGCAGGGUAGACCACACUAAUCGAUCUCGUUGCAACUAGAAUUAUCUAGCUACCAGGGUAUGCGUCUGAGAAGAGGGAAGCGGUUUCAAUUUCAAACAAAAACAAGUCGAAUGACCAUUAAGUAGCAGAUCCGAGGGAAUAUAUUUGUAUUUAUUUUAAAACAAGGAAUAUACAGCAUCUUAACUAACGCACGCCACAGAAGUAGUAAAACGUGCGAAUUUUCGCUAGCCUCCAUGUUCCAAUUUUCAACGCGUGAUCAAUUUUGAUGUCAAAGCCGAAGACCUAACGUUAUCGAAUUGUUGAACAAGAAAUACACUUAUUUUUGUAUCUAGUGUUAUUUUGCUUUUCAGAUUUACAGCGUAGAAAGCUUAGUAGGCUACUUUCGGGGAAAAUAUGCCGAGAUCCAAUAGGCAAAAGGAAUACAAGCCUGGGGAUCUCGUGUUUGCGAAAAUGAAGGGAUAUCCUCAUUGGCCCGCAAGGAUUGAUGAGUUGCCUGAAGGUGCUGUCAAAUCACCCUCCAAUAAGUAUCAAGUGUUCUUCUUCGGGACACACGAGACGGCUUUUCUGGGGCCCAAGGAUCUGUUCACCUACGAAGAGUGUAAGGAGAAGUUUGGAAAACCCACCAAACGGAAAGGUUUCAGCGAGGGCCUCUGGGAAAUAGAGAACAACCCUACUGUCACACAUGCUGGCUAUGAGCCAGCUAAGAAGGAUACACCGUCCGAUGGCGGGGAGGAGACCGGCAGGGCGCAGAAGACCGGCGGGGCGCAGAAGACCGGCGGGGCACAGAAGACCGGCGGGGCACAGAAGACCGGCGGGGCACAGAAGACCGGCGGGGCUCAGAAGACUGGCGGGGCGCUGAAGACUGGCGGGGCGCUAAAGGGGCCUACAGAGGGCAGCAGCGACGAGGACGAGGGCGCCCUUAUCAUCGAUGAGAAGAACGACAGGGCUGGAGCCAAACGGAAAAUCACUGAUUCCGCGGAUGCCUCUUCAAAGCGGCCAAAGGAGAUCCAAGGGGAGGGGGACUCAAAGACGGAUGGGAAGAAGGCUGAUGUGGAGGUGAAGCACAAUGACAAGGCUGGGCCCAAGUCAUCUGUGGGCAACUCAAAGGCUGAGGGUCAGGCGAACCCAGGGAUCCAGGGACGGCUAGCCCCUGAGAAGUCUAUGACGGAAAGUGCUUAACACCAAUUCCACCAAAGGGACCAGGGCUUCUAGAUUUUUCCUGGGAUUUUUGGAGCAUCGAAAGAAGAAGCUUCAGGAUGCUAGAUUUCUGCUGUUUAAGUCAUGGAAGAGUUUUUAACCUAUAUACAUAUACAGUAUAUAUUGAAAGGCAUAAAAAAAACCUCUUUUGCCAGUUCGGGAUAUUGUAUAUUCCAGGAUAAAGGUCUUGUUGAUUUGAAGUCAAAUUGAAAUUUGAGCACUUUGAGGCUCAAAUUGAAAUAAGAUUAUGGUGUAUAUUUCCUUAAUUGUUUUAUUUUUUAUUUUAAGUGCAAUUACAAAGUCUGGCUGCUAGCUGUAAAUGGCAUUACAGUUUAGACUAGGGAGCAACCACCUGUCUCUCAAUGAAAAUUUCAAUACGAUUUUGGGGAAAAGUACACAUUACAAUCAUACAACAAUUCGAUUAGGCCAGAAGUCCUUUUUUUCCUGGUUUCAGUUCUAAAUGUAUACUAAAUAGUUUUUCUGCUGACUGUUGUGCUCUUUGAAAGAAGACAUCUGAGGUUGCUUUCCAUGGCUUGAAGAUGUAUACAUCAUAGUAGUAUGUUCUUCUUUUCUCUUUUAGCUGACAUUUUAUUUUCUUAUUUCAUUGGUAUACUUUGCCUCUUGACCUAGUUCACUGUCAGGUUGUUGCUAGUUAAACACUAUAUGCUUUGUAGCGUCUGUCUUGUGUGCAACAUGACAUUUGACCAAAUGAUCCCACUGGUAUUUUGUUUUUGAACGUCAUAUGCAUUUCAAAUAAACCUGAUUCAGAAAAGAAAAAAAA